GGCUUGUUUCCCUUUGUUAUUGAUGUAGUCUCACCUUGAUGUCGGUAUUUCCGGUGGACGUGAAGACCACAGCUGUGUUUGCUGUGCUCGUGCAAAGGGACGAAGCGUCACUGACUGAUUACAACAACGAGUGGAGUGAACGAGCAUGUCCGCCGAGUAUAAACCCGAGUUUACUUCGGCGAAACGAGCCGCUAUAUUCUCUACAUGUGCUCACUAGAGGUUUCCAAAGCCCCUGUGUUAAAUGGAGCUAGAGGACCAAUGGUGGAAAGGACAACUGGCUGCAGAUAUUUACCAGGCGAUGCGAUUCAAAGAGCUGAAGCUGCCCUCCUUCAAAGGCCAGUCUCCCCAGCUCAACUUGAGGCGAUACUUUGCAGACCUCAUUGCCAUCGUCAGCAACCACUUCCGGCUGUGUCCCGCAGCCAGACACCUGGCUGUCUACCUGCUGGACCUCUUCAUGGACCGCUAUGAUGUCACAGUGCAGCAGCUUCACAUGGUCUCUCUCUCAUGUCUUCUUCUGGCCAGUAAAUUUGAGGAAAGGGAGGACAGGGUUCCCAAGCUGGAGACCCUAAACAGCCUGGGCUGCAUGAGCUCCAUGAACCUGGUCUUGACCAAGCAAGCUUUACUACAUAUGGAGCUCUUCCUGCUGGAAUCCUUCCAGUGGAACUUGUACCUCCCCACAGCGGCCCAUUUCAUAGAUUACUACCUCUCUAUUGCAGUCCAUGAGGGAGAUCUCCAUGAUGGCUGGCCUAUGACCUGUCUGGAGAAGACUAAACUCUACAUGGCCAAGUAUGCUGAUUACUUUCUGGAGGUUUCCUUACAAGAUCAUGUGUUUUUGUGUUUUGCGCCCUCUCUGGUUGCUGCUGCAUGCGUUUCAGCCUCCCGCCUCAUCCUGCACUUGUCCCCGACAUGGCCCCCCCGACUGCAGCGCCUCACAAGUUAUACAUGGGACAACUUAGUCCCAUGUGCUGAGAAACUCCUCGUUGCACAUGACAGUGAUGUCAAAGAGGCCAACAAACAGAAGGGCCAGCAGCAACAGCCGGGUCAGUCAAUGUACCAUAGUUCAAGCCAGGCAGCCACCGUGGCCCAGUACCUGCACCGGUCCAGCAUGCAGUACCCGCAGCAAGCUACACAGCCAGCUCUAGCACCAAACCACAGGCCUGCCUCCUAUCUAGGCCACACCAAUACCCUGCACGCCCCCAACGUGCCCCCACAGGGCAGUACUCAGGCCAUCACUGCCUCGCUGGAGCCAAAGUCUAACAUUCCCAACAGGGCUUACCAAGUCAGCAUGCAUUAUGCUUGUGCACCAUGCUUUGACAGAUGAUGACUUACAGGAUUUGCUAAGUAGGAUGACAAGAUAAGAUCUCUUUCUAGGUACUCAAAAGUGUUACACUGAAUGAAAAGUCGUGUUUUAAUUUGAAGGGACCUUUUGUGGUAGGUGUGGCACUUUGGACCACACGGUGUAUGUAAGCUAUGUGCAAUAUGCAUGCUCUGUAGUCAUUUUCUGUGGAGAGCCAGUAUUAGAUUUUUGUUCAAGGUAGUUGAUAUAACUGUUAUGAGUGCUGUGACUGGAGUACCACUCGAGACUUUGCACAGCUCUAGUAUUUAUUUAAGUCAAAAUACCUCAGAAAUAUCACGCAGCCCACGUUGUUGCUAAAUUGAGGCCAGGAGCAGCACAGAAUCCUUGUCAGUUUGUGCUGAGUGUCAUUUCUUGAGCAUAGAUUGUGUUUGUUUUCUGUACCUCUAACUUUUUUUUGGUUGACUUGUGAACUGUGGAAAGAAUCUGACAGUUCAUUUGCAGAGAAAUUUGUUGCUCUUCUGUACACAGAUUAUUUCAGUGCUGUGCACUAACAGUAGUUUUAAUAAAAUACAAAUCUCUCUUGGUUGAACUCGAAGUUUGUCAGUUUCUUGAAUGUUCAAAAUCACCAAAAAAUGUGAAUACACUCCUCAUAAAGUAUGGGAAUCAACCUAACAAUAAAAUGACCAAAUGAACUUUCAGGUUUUCAGUUUAGUGAAAUAAUUCAGUUGGAAAACUCUCUAGAUUGAUUUUUUUCUGUAGUGGCUUCACAUUAAAUUUUUUUCAGGUUGAUUUUCAAGUUCAUACUGUCACACCUAGUUAGUCAGUUACCAAUACCUCGGCUGCAUCCCAAGGUGAAAGAUUUACAGUAUAUCCCGUUACAAGUUGAUUUGAUGAUGUUUGCAUUGAUCUCAUACUAGAAGACUGGCAGUCAAAGGUUUAAAAAAAAAAGCAUGGUAUAUACAGUAGAACAUACUUGAGCCUCAUCAAUUUUUCCCAUAAACUAUGUAAAUCCAAUUAAUCCGUUCCAGAAAGCCAAAGGUGUCAACACAAAACACAGUUUUACAAUUAGUUUUAAGUGUCAUGAUUUGCACUCUGCUUGGUCCGCUGCCCUGUGCUGUCUCCUUUCAGCUCUGCAGAGGAAUCUGCACUCAUGCUCACCAAUAGCGAUCACAGCUCCCGCCAAUCAGUAAUAAAGCCCUUCUUAAGCAGUGUUGCCUAGUCAGUCGAUGCCAGAUUGUUGUUGAACCUUCACCAGCAUUGUGCAUGCUACGUUCAUUCAUGCCACUGUUGCUAGUAUUUCUCUUUUUGGCAUUUUUCCAAAAAGGCAAAAAGAGAAAUUAACCGUAAAUUGUUGUUUGUCCUUUUGUUUGUACUUUGCUGGUUUCCCAGUG